AUGACAGCCGCACAUUACGUCAUGUUACAGGAAGUCGAUCAAGUUGAACAACUGCAAGUGCAACAACCGAACAAAAAAUAUUAUACGAAUGGGUGGAUAUGGCAGUAUUGUAAUGAAAACUCGACAAAUAUGCCCAGAGUAACCAAAUUACAUCAAAAAGGGAAACCUAACUCUUUACAAAAACUUCACAAAGUCGAAACUAACAACACAGAGAACGCAGAUCCCGAAGAGUCUAUGCGCCAGUUCCAACUGGAACUCUGCUGGUGUAUUCAGCAAUUAGAACGUUCAUUAAAUGAGAAAAAGGGAAAUGAAAAACAAUUACAAGAAGCAUGGAAGGUAUUGACAGUUCUAAAGAACAAUAACCAACCUAUAAUAAGGAAACGACAGUUAAUGAGGACUCACUUUGGAGAUUACAGAGCUAAAAUGGCAGCUGAGGAGAAAAAAUUAGCUAAAAUGGCAAGUAAAAUAAAAAUUGCUGAAGUUCCUGACAAGCCCAAAGCAACAUUUUUUAGGAAAUCAGCAUUCCUAACAACAGGGGAUAGUUCAUUCCGAUUCAAUUUUAAUUUAGCACCGGAAGAAUUAGACAAUAAAGAGUUACAAACAGAUACUGACUCUGCAUUUAAAUUUAAUUUUGAUGUAGAUAACUCAUAG